UUGUCUUACUGCUUUAUUCACUUUUUUCCAGGAACUACUGGAUCCAUCGAUGGUAACAACUGCUUGAUUGUUAAAGGUCGAUUUCAACAAAAACAUUUUGAAAGUGUGUUGAGAAAGUAUAUCAAGGAAUACGUGAUGUGCCAUACUUGUCGUUCUUCUGAUACCCAGCUUACGAAAGACACCCGCCUUUUCUUCCUCCAAUGCCAAACAUGUGGAUCACGAUGCUCCGUUACGGCUAUCAAGAGCGGUUUUACGGCUAUGGUUGGCAAGCGAGCAGCAGCCAGAAGAGCUGCUGAAGCAACUGCUGGCAAGUAA